UUAUGGCCUUAUGGCUCCCAUCAUCCGGAGUGUUUUCCACGGGCUAGCUGGGAUGUUCUAUGUGAGCCUUUUUGAACAGGUUUUGCUUUGUAUUUAACCUGUUAAGCCACGCAAAGAUCUUCACCUUGAUCUGUACAUGGAGGUUCCAGAUAAUACUUGCAUUUGCAACAUUUGGACUGGCACAGAGUGGUGUGUAUACUGCCUUUGUGCUGAAGGGUAUGUUGCCAAGCAGAACACGCCCAUAUCUGGUACAGAGGAGAGGAGGAUAUCCUGCAAUACAAGAGACAAAGAGGAUAGCUCUGCCAUGGCUUCCUCAGUUAGCCGGUUUCACAGGGAUAAGUCCAAUCCUCCUGAUAUAACUGUGAUACAAGCUCAAACGAUUUGGUUGUGUGUGAAAAAAGGCAAGGAUAUGCAACUGAUAAAGGCUCACUUGUAAGCCACCUAUCUAAACCAAAAAAUUGUGGAAAUACCAUUGCCAAUCUGCAAAUAUCAUGAUAAAGGAAGAAAGUUUCGCUGAUUCUACCAUGUAUAAUCCACCUUGCACGCAUGCUUGACCACUAUGCUAAAAAGGCUCCUCAAAAUUAGCAACAAUCACAUUUCCAUAAAUCGCAAACUACAAGCCAACACACCAAUAUAGGUAGAUUGUGUCUAAAAUUUCUUUCAAUUUUUGCGUUUGUUUUAUCAUUUGCGACGUUUGUGUCGUUGCGUUAACACAGUUACACAGCACCAUGAAGAAACGCCAAAAACGAAUGAUAUACUCAAUGACGCAUAGUCACUGAUUCUGUUCCAUUAUUUUUUUCCAGUCUUGUAGUCUGCUGGCAGUUCACCACUAAAGCCCCAAAUAAAUCUCACUCAAGUAUGAUUAUGAAUAUGCUUAUUUGAAAAACCUAUGUCCUUGCCACAACACAUAGCGCUAAAAUGCCAAGAAACAAUGACCUACUCAAUUACGUGUAGUUGCUGACUACUUGUUUGCAGUCUUGUAGACUGGUUGCGGUAUGUUUCUUAUCCUCCAGUAUAAAUCUAGCAUCAACAGCAAAUGACGACACCUGCAGGUUCAGAACUGAAGCCAAGCGGCCGUUAAUACUCUAUUCGCUCUUCCCCUUUGUCCGUAAGCUAGAGACAGAUACUAUCAUCAGUUUGCUACAGACGACUAUUGUGCCGGUUGCUAUCCAGAACUUUUAACCAUCUUCUCCCUAUUCAAAUGCUUUAUCGGUAAUCUUGAUGUUGUCAAAACCUUGUAUAAAUAGACAUGCAAGGUUUAACCUAGCUAGCAGCUCUGAAUUAGAAGUUAGACAUCAGUAGAGCUUUGCAUCGAUCAUCAAUGGUGAAAUGCAUGGGCCCCUUGCAAGCCCUGAUGAGCUGCUUGGUCCUACUUACCUCACUGGCCGUGUCGGCGUCAUCCGGCUACCGCUUGGCGCUCACACACGUCGACUCCAAAAUUGGCUUAACCAAGACAGAGCUCAUGCGCCGGGCCGCGCACAGAAGCCGCCUCCGAGCACUAUCCGGUUAUGACGCAAACUCACCCAGGCUCCACUCGGUUCAAGUCGAAUACCUGAUGGAGCUGGCCAUCGGGACGCCGCCGGUGCCGUUCGUCGCCCUCGCCGACACCGGCAGUGACCUCACCUGGACGCAGUGCCAGCCAUGCAAGUUAUGCUUCCCGCAGGACACGCCCGUCUAUGACCCCUCGGCCUCCUCCACCUUCUCCCCGGUGCCCUGCUCCAGCGCCACGUGCCUGCCCGUAUUGAGGAGCCGGAACUGCAGCACCCCAAGCUCGCUCUGCCGGUACGGCUACUCCUACAGCGACGGAGCCUACUCGGCUGGCAUCCUGGGCACAGAGACGCUCACGCUCGGCUCUAGCGUGCCCGGGCAAGCCGUCUCUGUCAGCGACGUGGCAUUCGGCUGCGGCACCGACAACGGAGGCGACUCGCUCAAUUCCACUGGGACGGUCGGCCUCGGCCGCGGGACUCUGUCACUCCUGGCGCAGCUAGGCGUCGGCAAGUUCUCCUACUGCCUCACCGACUUCUUCAACUCUACUCUGGAUAGCCCAUUUUUGCUCGGCACCCUGGCGGAGCUGGCCCCUGGGCCCGGCGCCGUGCAGUCAACACCGCUACUUCAGAGCCCGCUGAACCCGUCGCGGUACGUGGUCUCCCUCCAGGGCAUAACGCUCGGCGACGUCCGCCUUCCCAUCCCAAACAAGACAUUUGACCUGCACGCCAACAGCACCGGCGGGAUGGUCGUGGACUCUGGGACGACCUUCAGUAUCCUCCCGGAAAGUGGUUUCAGGGUGGUCGUUGACCACGUAGCGCAGGUGCUCGGCCAGCCGCCGGUGAACGCCUCCAGCCUGGACAGCCCAUGCUUCCCAGCUCCGGCCGGUGAGCGGCAGCUCCCGUUUAUGCCGGACUUGGUGCUGCACUUUGCCGGCGGUGCGGACAUGAGGCUGCAUAGGGACAACUACAUGUCCUACAACCAAGAGGACUCAUCCUUCUGCUUGAACAUUGUCGGGACGACAUCCACGUGGUCCAUGCUGGGUAACUUCCAGCAGCAGAAUAUACAGAUGCUGUUCGACAUGACCGUAGGGCAGCUGUCGUUCCUGCCCACCGACUGCAGUAAGCUCUGAAGAUUGAAGCAAGCAUAUAUGCUGAACAGUGGGUAUCCUUCAUGCUCUGACUUCAGGCCCAUGUGAUCAACGAAACAGUGAAUAUCGAUCCUUCAGGUUUGGUCAACGUUUAUGCAAAGUCCUGUUGAAGAAUACUCUCUUGGCCCAAGGUUUUCAGUCAUUUUAUCAACGAUUGCUCAUCAGAGGUAGAAUAUGCAGUGAUUCUGCCGGAUUUGAGGUCCAUUUGUUAAUGUGUAACUUCGUCAACAAUUUGGCACAUGGAAAUUAAAAACAAAAAGAACAUAUUUCUUUCAUUUUCUUCCAUUAGUAUAAGAAAAUUAAAACUGGUAAAAAAUAGCUAAGGUAUAUAGUAUACGGUAUACCUGUUAUAUAACCAUGGUCCAACUCGGUAAUUGCAGAAAGACCGCUAUCAGGCCUUGACUUGCAUUCUGGAUGGUCAGUCUGGUUGUAAGGAUCAAGUAGCAUGCAUUUAAGACAGCAAUUUACAGCAGAGAAGAGCUGCACCAUGUUGAACAUAUCAAACUAGAAAUAUUAAACUGAUCGAUAAAAUGUUAAUCUGGGAGCAACCAAUCAAGUACUGUACCUAAUCACCUAUGUGGAGCAACAUAGCAUCUAGUCCUCUACAGUCUACACAGCACACCGCUUAUUCUUUUGAACAUGUUAGACAUUGUUGAAAUAGCCUAGCCUAGUCUUGUGAUGAUGAGAUUAGUCAAAUAUGUGAUGUAUUUACUUGUAGAC